AUGGACCUCGUGCCCGCACGGAUGACGGAGAAGGCCUUCUGGGGCAAGUACUACAGGGCGGAGUACCUCUUUCGGACGCGCAACGUGGCGGCAGCGGAAGCGGAGGCAGCGGACGAUGACGAGCUGGCUCUCUUCGUGCGCGACGACCCUCACCUGCACGCCCAAGCCCGCCAAAAGGUGCAGCGUGUGGACCCAACGCUCAACGUGCUGGCGGACGUCAGCGACGACUACUCCUCCCUCCUCGUGCGUCUUCGCCUCUCCAUGCCCCCGUGCCCUCUUGCCUGCCUGCCUUGCCUUCCAGUGGCCCCGUGCCCGCCAGCUUGGGGAGGGGGGUGGGGUCGGUGGGUGGAUGCGUGCGAGGGGCUGAAAGGCUGUGCGGGGCUUUGUGGUGCUCACUGGGGUUCCUUGCUCGCUUGGUUGCGGUGCUCUCGCUUUUCUAUACCUCUCAUAUCCCCUGUGCCUCACCCCUGUGCCUCACCCCUGUGCCGCACACCCUCUGCCGUCUGCUGA